UGUCAGACAACCUCUCCAAAGUACAAUAGGACUAGAUAUAGGAUGUCUUCCUCAUUAUUUCUUUACCAGAUCAUCCUCACACUCGUCUGCCAAGCACUUUGUGACGAUCCCAUUAAGGACUUGAAUUGUUUUAAUGACUACGAGGCCGAGAUGACGUGCAGUUUCUCUUCUGAAAGUCUCAGAAAUUGUUCUGGAUACAAGCUGAACGUCACACAAAAACUAGCAUAUGAGAUAAAUAGGUUUUCAUGCGUCUUUGAGAGAAGUCAUCACAAUGCCAUUUGUGAAUGCAAAAUUGAAGUGGAAGGCUUUAUUACUGAAGAGAUCUUCUCCACUACACUUCUCAAAGGAACAAAGGUUUUAUUACAAAGGGAUUUCAAGACGAUAGAUUAUAUCAAACCAAAAACUCCUGUGUUAUUUGUGAAGAAGACAGAAAAUAGAAACUUUCAUGUUACCUGGGAUGAUAGCUAUGGACAAAGGAAUGUCUUUACAGAUAAUUUGUUUAUAACUCUGACCUAUAGGAUCAAAGGAGAAAUUGAAACAAAUUCCACAAAGGAGGCAAACACUGUUGGAUUCUGUGUUAUCGUGGGCAGUCUUCUCCAGCCAAAAACUGAAUACAUUCUGACAGCAAAAAUGAGCUCGAACUACAACGGUCAGAAGAUAUAUAGUGAUCAGAGUGCAGCAGUUCAUUUCACCACUGCUCCAUUACCUAAUGAAAUAGUCAAACUGGUGGUUCCACCAUUGUGUAUUGGUUUACUCAUCAUCAUUUGUAUGACCUUCAUCUGUUUUUUGAGGAUGAAGUCAAAGUGGUGGGACAAGAUCGCCAAGCCAACAAUUAAAGACAAUUUUGGAAAUAAGAAGGAUCAACUUUUGCCUCAUUCCUCCAAUGCAGUCUACCCAAACCAAGUUGAGGUUAUUAAUCCAGACUUCGAGGAGGGAAAGAAAUCGAUCUCAAAAGUAUGUGUGAACCCAAACAACGAGAGAAGUUCUCACAGUGUUGAAUCAUCACCAGGGGAUAAUGGCCAGGCCGUCUGUGAUUCUGGUAGCAAUCCGGUGCAAGACAUCCGAUCACAACUUGAUAUUGCAAUAGCUCUAGAUUUUUUACGGUUGAAAUGGAACACACCACUCAACCAGUUCAUUGAGAUGCCAUAGAACAGUGUGGAGUCUUCUUCAAAGGAAAGGAAUCGUGCUAACAGAGAUUCGGGUACCUGCUCGGGUUCAUCGGUUUUCAGCAACAAGUCAUAUUUGGAAGGAACCACUGAUGAUUCUUCAUUUUUAGACCUGAACUGUGAUCAUUCUGAUGAUAGAAAAGUCUCAGACUCCAUAUUUAAGCUGGAAAACUCUAUUGAUAUCAUUAAGAGCCUGCAGAACUUUCCUGAUGAAGGAUAUCAGGCUUUCAGUGCUGUUGUGGAAAAGAGAGAUGUUGUAGAUGGUUGUGCGAAACUUUCCUCUGAUGUUGAUGCAGACGACAAGGUGAUCAGGCAAAAUCUAAUCACCAGUGCCAAUCCACUGUAUUCUCCUCUGUUACAUCAUGAUCACACAAUCGCAAGGGAUGAUCCCUAUAAAGCUUUUCAAGACGUAUCAAAAAACACGGGGGGACAAUGGAGCACGAGCAUCAGCACUGAGCGAACACUUAAUGAAUGUGGAGCUCUGAAAUUCCCCCACAUCGCCGGCCAAACAGCCCUGUUACAGAACACUGCUUGGGACUUUUUGAAUAUCCCACCGACUGUUGAAAUAGACCUUUCAUAUCACGCUGUCUAACUGUGUCGCACAUAAGUAAAACAUUUCAGUCUCUUUGCAUAUAACCUCUGGAGUCGCAAUGAAUCAUCCUCCAAUUUUCCAAACCACACACCCUCUUUGUGGAUGACGUUUAUGUGAGCGUCUCAGGCCACCGGGGGAGCUAGCACAGUGAAUCAUUCAUUUGGACGUUUGAGCAGUUACUGGAACUAUGCAAAUGCUCAUUAUUUGUUUAGAGUUAAGACUUUAAGAUUAGGUUACACUGUUUUAACUCUGACGACUUGGACAGACUUUCCAGAAAACUCUGCGAGGUCAAAACAACAUCAUGACGUCGAAAAUGCAAAUCGAAUUGAUGUCAAACCUUUUGACAGGCACGUAUUGAUGACCUUUUGACCACCAACUUAAUGACACAAAAAGUAUUGUACUAUAAGAAUUGUGUUCAUUUGAAAGCUUCAAUUACAAAUUUGCAUGCACUGUAAAACCCAACAGUCAACUUUAUCAAAUGAAAUGAGUGUAGUUAACUUAAAAUUGACUGAAAGUCAAUUCUGCUCAUUUGAAAAGAGUUUUGAACUCAGUGUUGAAGGUAAUGAGUUAAUGAAAUGUAUCUAUAUUUAUUCAGUUGUCAAAUUAAUUACAGUAAUAUUAAUGAGCAAUAUGAAAAUGUUCAUCUGAUUUACGUACAAUGCAGUUUGUACAGUAAUAUUUUCUGUCUUUUAGUAGAUAUAUUAUAUGAGAGAAUUGCUUUGUUUAACCCACAUAAAGUUAAUCUUAUUGUAUUUGCAUUUUAAACAUUAAAUAAAAGUUAAAAAGAUA